AGGUAAACCUGAACCCGCGCAGUCUGUAUUAAUAUCGCCGAGUGUUGCUAUGGUGACCUCUGAGGGUGAGGACACACAGACAGACACACUGGUCGAUGAUAUAUCCGACAGCAUGGUAGUUAUAGAUGAUACAGACAUGCCAUCUUUUGAUUAUAUUGGUAUUCAGCAUGAGCAAAUAACAGAAAAACUAACCACUGAGCACAUCAUACAAGGAAUAGAUGAAUCAGAUAAAUCCGAAGAAACAACUGAACUGGAAGCUGUUCAAGAUGAUCAUAUUACCACAGAUAUGACUGUAGUAGCUGAACAAAAGGCCAUAUAUGUUGAAGAUCUUGAAACGAUGAUGACAAAACCACAUGAUAUAGGUGAAGAGUUGUUUGAGGCAAGACCAACUGAACAGUCAUCUGUAGAGCCAAUGGCCAAAGACAUUCAACAGCAACAACCAGGAGAGUAUAUAGAAAUAUAUCCUGACACUAUAGAUCCACUUCAGACAACUGAAACUAAGCUAUAUACUGAAUUGGAUGAACCUAAGGAGCGACAGCCUUACAUAGACAUAACACCUGAGAAAAGUGAAGGAGCUCCAUGUGAGGAAAUGGAGUUUGAAAUGGUGAAACAGGAUGUUCAAACAGAGUUAACAGAAAAAGAUAUUCACAUAUCUAAAAAAGAAGAUGAGGUUGUAGAAAGGAAGGAUGAGUCGGGGGAGGCUCAAUUGGAGACACAAAAGGAAAGUGAUAUCACUAGAGCUGAUGCAAAUGCAGAUAUUGAAUUGACCAAAGAAAUAUCAGAUUUGAUAAGUGAUGAACUAGAUAAGUUACGUGAAGAAUUAACAGAGGAAACUGUGUUAGAUGACAAGAUGGAGUCCAAGCCAAAAGACCAAUUACUUGAAUCUUGUUACGAAGUAGUAAGUGAGGACAAGGUAAUUGAAGAUACUGACAAAGCCAUAUCAGAUAGUACACUAUUGAUAAAGGCAACAUAUGAUGUAAUAUCUAUGGAUCAAUCAACACUUGAGACUGAGGACCAACAAGAUUCAGAAGGGGUAGUGCCUUGUGCCAAACUUGAUGAAUCUCAAGAGGAGCAGUCUAGAAUAGAGGAAAAUAGAACUGUUGAGGGAAUUAAACCUUUGUCAUCUGCAGCUGAUGCAGAUCUGACAGAAACUAAAAGAUCGCCUAAAUCAAGCUUAAGUAGGACAGACUCUAAAAAGAGAUCAAAAACAAAAAUAUCUGUUCAGAUGGAUGUAAGUGACGAGGAAGACUGGGAGGAAUAUGAUAGUGCUGAAUAUGAAGAGAGUGAAGAAGAUGAGGACUCAACAGAAGAUGAUUGGGUUAUUACACAUGAAGCUAAACAACCACAAAAAGAUCAAGGAGUUGCACAGUCCGAACCUUUGCUUGAUUCAAACUAUGAACCUAUUAAGUUAGAGAUAGAAGUAGUCAGAUCAGAUGUUGAACCAGAAGUUAAAUCAGAGGAAUAUGUUGAGAAAGUGGUUAAAUCUGAGACAAUGAUUGAAUCAGAGGUAGAACCUGGUGUUGAAGAAGUGGUUAAAUCUGAGACAAUGAUCGAAUCAGAGGUAGAACCUGGUGUUGAAGAAGUGGUUAAAUCUGGGACAAUAAUUGAAUCAGAGGUAGAACCUGGUGUUGAAGAAGUGGUUAAAUCUGAGACAAUGAUUGAAUCAGAGGUAGAACCUGGUGUUGAAGAAGUGGUUAAAUCUAGGACAAUAAUUGAAUCAGAGGUAGAACCUGGUGUUGAAGAAGUGGUUAAAUCUGAGACAAUAAUUGAAUCAGAGGUAGAACCUGGUGUUGAAGAAGUGGUUAAAUCUGAGACAAUAAUUGAAUCAGAGGUACAACCAAUUGAGGAGAAAGAGAUUAAAGAGGAUGAACCUGUAGUUGAGAAGAAAGUUGCAUCUGAACCAGUUGUUGAAUCAGAGGUUGAACUUAUUGUUGAUGAAGAAUCAGUUUUUGAAUCAGAGGUUGAACCUUUAGUUGAGAAGGAAGUUGAGUCUGAACCAGUUCUUGAAUCUAUGGUUGAAACUAUUGAUGAGAAGGGAGUUGAAUCUGAUGCAGUUCUUGAAUCAGAGGUUGAACCUAUUUUUGAUGAGGAAUCAAUUGUUGAAUCACAGGUUGCAGCCAUAGUUGAGAAGGAAGUUAAGUCUGAAUCAGUUCUUGAAUCUGAGGUUGAACCUGUAACUGAUAAGGAAGUUGAAUCUGAACAAAUUCUUGAAUCAGAGGUUGAACCUGUUGUUGAGGAAGAAGUUGAAUCUGAACCAGUUAUUGAACCUGAGGGUAAACCUGAAGUGGGGAAGAAAGUUGAGUCUGAACCAGUUGUUGAAUCUGAACCAGUUGUUGAAUCUGAGGUUGAACUUGUUGAGAAGAAGGAAGUUGAGUCUGAACCAGUUAUUCAAUCUGAGGUUGAGCCUGGAGUUAAUAAGGAAGUUGAAAAAAUUGAGCCUGAGCCAGUUGUACAAUCUCAGGUUGAACCUGUAGCUGAGAAGCAAGUUGUUGUUCAGGAUGAAGUUGUGUCUGAACCAGUUGUUGAAUCUGAAGUUGAACCUGUUGUUGAGUUGGAAAUUAAGUCUAAACCAGUUGUUGAAUAUGAGGUAGAACCUGUAGCUGAGAAAGAAAUUGAAACUGAACCAGUUGUCGAAUCUGAGCUUGAACCUGUAGCUGUAAAGGUAGUUGAAUCUGAACCAAUUCUUGAAUCAGAGGUUGGAACUGCUGUUGAGGAAGAAGCUUAUAAAGAAGUUGAAUUUGAACCAGUUCUUGAAUCAGAGGUUGAAACUGUUGUUCAUGAAGAAUCAGUUUUUGAAUCAGAGGUUGAACCUUUAGUUGAGAAGGAAGUUGAGUCUGAACCAGUUCUUGAAUCUAUGGUUGAAACUAUUGAUGAGAAGGGAGUUGAAUCUGAUGCAGUUAUUGAAUCAGAGGUUGAACCUAUUGUUGAUGAGGAACCAAUUGUUGAAUCAGAGGUUGCACCCAUAGUUGAGAAGGAAGUUAAGUCUGAAUCAGUUCUUGAAUCUGAGGUUGAACCUGUAACUGAUAAGGAAGUUGAAUCUGAACAAAUUCUUGAAUCAGAGGUUGAACCUGUUGUUGAGGACGAAGUUGAAUCCGAACCAGUUAUUCAAUCUGAGGUUGAGUUUGCAGUUAAUAAGGAAGUUGAAUCUGAACCAGUUGAUGAAUCUGAGGUUGAACUUGAUGAUGAUAAGGAAGUUGAAUCUGAACUAGUUCUUGAAUCAGGGGUUGAAGUUGUUAUUAAGGAUGAAAUGGAGCUUCAAAUGAUUAUCGAAUCAAAGGGUGAACCUUUUGUUAAGGAAGAAGCUGAUCAGGAACAAGUUGUUGAAUCUGAGUUUGAACCUGUGACUGAUAAGGAAGUUGAAUCUGAACCAAUUCUUACAACAGAGGUUGAACUGGUUGUUCAGGAAGAAGUUGAAUCUAAACCAGUUAUUAAAUCAGAGGUUGAACAUGUUAUUGAGAGAGAAGCUGAGUUUGAACCAGUUGUUAAAUCUGAGGUUGAACCUGUCACUGAUAAGGUAGUUGAGGAAGAUGUUGAAUUUGAAUCAGAGGUUGACCCUGUUGUUAAGGAUGAAGUUGAGUUUAAAACAGUUAUUGAAUCAGAGGUUGAACCUCUUGUUGAGGAAGAAGCUGAUCAUGAACGAGUUGUUGAAUCUGAGAUUGAACCUGUGACUGAUAAGGAACUUGAGUCUCAACCAGUUCUUGAAUCAGAGGUUGCACCUGUUGUAGAGGAUGAGGUUGAGUUUAAAACGGUUGUUAAAUCAAAGGUUGAACAUCUUGUAAAGGAGGAAGCUCAGUUUGGACCAGUUCUUGAAUCUGAACCAGGAACUGAUAAGGAACUUGAAUCUGAACCAGUUGUUGAAUCUGAGGUUGAACUUGUUGAUAAGAAGGGAGUUGAAUCUGAACUAGUUCUUGAAUCAGAGGCUGAACCUGUUGUUGAUGAAGUUGAGUUCAAAACAUUUGUUGAAUCAGAGAUUGAUCCUCUUGUUGAGGAAGAAGCUGAUCAUGAACUAGUUGUUGAAUCUGUGGUUGAACCAGUAACUGAUAAGGAACUUGAAUCCGUUGAGUCUAAACCAGUUGCUGCAUCAGAGGUUGAACCUCUUACUGAUAAGGAAGUUGAAUCUGAACCAAUUCUUGAAUCAGACGUUGAACCUGUUGAGAAAGAAGUUGAAUCUGAACCAGUUCUUAAAUUAGAGGUUGAAGCUGUUGUUGAGGAAGAAGUUGAAUCUGAACCAGUUCUUGAAUCAGGGGUUGAACCUGUAGUUGAGGAGGAAGUUGAGCCUGAGCCAUUCAUUGAAUCUGAGGUUGAACCUGUAGUUGAGAAGAAAGUUGAAUCUGAACCAAUAGUUGAAUCUGAGGUUGAACCUGUUGCUGAGAAGGAAGUUGAGUCUGAACUAGUUGUUGAAUCUGAGGUUGAACCUGUAACUGUUAAGGAACUUGAAUCUGAACCACUUCUUGAAUCAGAGGUUGAACCUCUUGUUGAGGAAGAAUCUGAGUUUGAACCAGUUCUUGAAUCUGAGGUUGAACCUGAAGUUGAGAAAGAAGUUGAAAUUGAACCAGUUGUUGAAUCUGAGGGUGAACCUGAAGUUGAUAUGGAAGUUGAAUCUGAACCAGUUGUUGAAUCUGAACCAGUUGUUGAAUCUGAGGUUGAACUUGUUGAGAAGAAGGAAGUUGAGUCUGAACCAUUUGUUGAAUCAGAGAUUGAACCUUUUGUUGAGAAAGACAUUGAAUCUGAACCAGUUGAGACAGAACCAGUUAUUCAAUCUGAGGUUGAACCCGUAGUUUACAUGGAAGUUGAAUCUGAACCAGUUGUUGAAUCUGAACCAGUUGCUGAAUCUGAGGUUGAACUUGUUGAGAAGAAGGAAGUUGAAUCUGAAGUAGUUCUUGAAUCAGAGUUUGAACCUGUUGUUAAGGAUGAAAUUGAGUUUAAAACGACUGUUGAAGCAGAGGUUGAACCUCUUGUUGAGGAAGAAUCUGAUCAUGAUCCUAUAGUUGAAUUUAAGGAAGACAUUGAAUCUAAACCAUUUAUUGAAUCAGAGGUCGAACCUGUUAUUGAUAAGGAAGUUGAAUCUGAACAAGUUCUGGAAACAGAGGUUGAACCUGUUGUUGAUAAGUUUGAACCAGUUAUUAAAUCUAAAGUUGAAGAAGACAAUGAAUCUAAACCAGUUAUUGAAUCAGAGGUUGAACCUGUUAUUGAUAAAGUAGUUGAGUCUGAAAUUGAAUCCACAUUUGAGAAGCAAGUUAUUAAAACUCAAGAAAUUGGAUCAGAUGAAGAAGUUUCAAGUGCCAUAGAAUCAAAAGCAGUUGUGGCAGGUGAUGCAUUUGAUGUUCUUGAUAGCCUAUUAAAAAUUGUGCCAGAACCUAUUGCUGAAGAUGUCCAACCUUUUCUUGAAAAAGAAAUUGAAUCUGAAUCAGGUAUUGAAUCAGAGGUUGAACUUCUUGUUCAUGAAGAAGGUCAUUCUGAACCAUUUGUUGAAUCCGAGGUUGAACCUGUAGUAAAGCAAGAAGUUGAAUCUGCACAAGUUGUUGAAUCUGAGUAUGAACCUGUCACUGAUAAGGAAGUUGAAUCAGAACCAGAUCUUGAAUCUGAGCCUGUUAUCAAGAAAGAAGUUGAAUCAGAGGUUCAACCUUUAACUGAUAAGGAAGUUGAAUCUGAACGCGUUCUUGAAUCAGAGAUUGAACCUGUUGAGGAAGAAGUUGAGCCUGACCCAUCUGUUGGAUCUAAGGUUGAACCUGUAUAUGAGAAAGAAUUUGAAUCUGAACCAGUUGUUGAAUCUGAGGUUGAAACUGUUGAUGAGAAGGAAAUUGAGUCUGAACCAGUUGUUGAAUCAGAGAUUGAACCUUUUGUUGAGAAAGAAGUUGAAUCUGAACCAGUUCUUGGAUCAGAUGUUAAAUCUACUGAGGAAGAAAUUGAGCCCGAGCCAUUUGUUGAAUCUGAGGUUGAGCCUGUAGUUGUGAAAGAGGUUGUACCUGAACCAGUUGUUGAAUCUGAGGUUGAACAUUUUGUUGAGAAGGAAGCUGUGCCUGAUCCAUCUGUUGGAUCUAAGGUUGAACCUGCUCUUGAGAAAGAAGUUGAAUCUGAACCAGUUCUUGCAUCUGAGGAUGAACCUGUAGUUGACAAAGAAGUUGAAUCUGUACCAGUUGUGGAAUCUGAGGUUCAACCUGAUGUUGAUAAGGAAGUUGAAUCUGAACUAGUUUUGGAAUCUGAGGUUGAAUCUGUAACUGAUAAGAAAGUUGAAUCUGAAUGGGUUCUUGAAUCAGAGGUUGAACCUGUUCUUGAAGAACUUGAAUCUGAACCAGUUAUUGAAUCUGAGAGUGAACUUGUAGUCGAGAAGGAAGUUGAAUCUGAACCAGUUGUUGAAUUUGAGGGUGAACUUGUAGUUGAGAAGGAAGUCAAAGCUGAACCAAUUCUUGAAUCAGAGGUUGAUCCUAUUGUUCAGGAUGAAAUUGAAUCUGAACCAGUUAUCGAAUCUGAGGUUGAACCUAUUGUUGAGGAAGAAGUUGAACCUGAGCCAUUUGUUGAAUCUGAGGUUGAACCUGUAGUUCAGAAAGAAAUUGAAUCGGAAUCAGUUGUUGUAUCUGAGGUUGAACAUGUUGUUGAGAAGAAAGUUGAAUCUGAACCAUUUCUUGAAUCAGAGCUUGAACCUGGUGUUGAGGAAGAAGUUGAGGCAGAGUCAAUGGUUGAAUCUGAGCUUGAACCUGUAGUUGAAAAAGAAGUUGAAUUUGAACCAGUUGUUGAAUCAGAGGUUGACCCUGUAACUAAUAAGGAAGUUAAAUCUGAGGUUGAAUUUUUAACUGAUAAGGAAGUUGAAUCAAAACAAGUUCUUGAAUCAGGGGUUGAACCUGUUGUUGAGGAAGAAGUUGAGGCAGAGUCAAUGGUUGAAUCUGAGCUUGAACCUGUAGUUGAAAAAGAAGUUGAAUCUGAACCAGUUCUUGAAUCAGAGGUUGGAACUGCUGUUGAGGAAGAAGCUUAUAAAGAAGUUGAAUUUAAACCAGUUAUUGAAUCAGAGGUUCAACCUGCAUUUGAGGAAGAAGCUGAGGGUGAACCAGUUGUUGAAUCUGAAGUUGAACCUGUAGCUGAUAAGGAAGUUGAAUCGGAACCAAGUGUUGAACCUGUUUAUCAGAAGGAAGUUGAAUCUAAACUAGUUCUUGAAUCAGAGGUUGAACCUGUUGUUGAGGAAGACGUUCAGUCUGAACCAAUUGAGAUUGAGCAUUUAGUUGUUCAAGAUAUUGAAACUGAACCAGUUGUUCAGUCUGAACUUGUUGAACCCACAUUUGAGGAGCAAGUUAUUAAAAAACAAGAAACUGAAUCACAUGAAGAAGUUUCAAGUGCAAUUGAAUUGAAAGCUAUAGUGGCAAGUGAUGCAUUUGAUGUUCUUGAUAGUUUAUUAAAAUUGGUACCAGAGCCUAUUGCUGGAGAUGUCCAAACUGUUGUUCAAGAAGAAAUUGAAUCUGAACCAGGUAUUGAGGUAAAACCUGUUGUUGAGGAAGAAGCUAAUCUUGAAUCAGUUAUUGAAGCUGAGGUUGAAUCUGUAGUUGAGAAGGAACUUGAAUCUGAACCAGUUGUUGGAUCAGAGGUUGAACCUGUUGUUGAGGAAGAAGUUGAAUCUGUACCAGUUGUGAAAUCUGUGGUUGAACCUGUAGUUCAGAAAGAAGUAGAAUCUGAACCAGUUGUUGAAUCUGAGGGGGAGAAUGUAGUAGAGAAUGAAGUUGAAUCUGAGGUUGAUCCUGUAGUUGAGAAGGAAGUUGAACCUGAGGUUGAUCCUGUAGUUGAGAAGGAAGUUGAACCUGAACCAGUUGUUGAAUCUGAGGUUGAACCUGUCACUGAUAAGGCAGUUGAAUCUGAACCAGUUUUUGAAUCUGAGGUUGAAUCUAUAAUUGAUAAGGAAGUUGAAUCUGAACCAAUUUUUGAAUCAGUUGAACCUGUUCUAGAUGAAGAAAGUGAGCCUGGGCCAUUUGUUGAAUCUGAGGUUGAAGCUGUAGUUGUGAAACAAGUUGAAUUUGAACCAGUUGUUCACUCUGAGUCUAAACCUGUAGUUGAGAAGGAAGUUGAGUCUGAUCCAGUUGUUGAAUCAGAGAUUAAACCUGUUGUUGAGGAAGAAGUUGAAUCUGAACCAGUUCUUGAAUCAGAGGUUGAACCUGAUGUUGAGGAAGAAGUUGAGCCUGAGUCAUUUGUUGAAUCUGAGGUUGAACCUGUCGUUGAGAAGGAAGUUGAGUUUGUACCAGUUGUUGAAUCAGAGGUUGAACCUGUUGUUGGGGAAGAAGUUGAGUCUGAAUCUGAGGUAGAACCUGUAGUUGAGAAGGAAAUUGAUUUUGAACCAGUUGUUAAACCUGAUGUUGAACCUGUAGUUCAGAAAGAAGUAGAAUCUGAACCAGUUAUUGAAUCUGAGGGGGAAAAUAUAGUAGAGAAGGAAGUUGAAUCUGAGGUUGAACCUGUAGUUGAGAAGAAAGUUGAACCUGAACCAGUUGUUCAAUCUGAAUUUGAAUCUGUAACUGAGAAGGAAGUUGAGUCUGAACCAUCAGAGGUUGAACCUGUUGUUGAGGAAGAAGUUGAAUCUGAACAAGUUCUAGAAUCAGAGGUUGAACCUGAUGUUGAGGAAGAAAUUGAGCCUGAGUCAUUUGUUGAAUCUGAGGUUGAACCUGUCGUCGAGAAGGAAGUUGAGUUUGUACCAGUUGUUGAAUCAGAGGUUGAACCUGUUGUUGGGGAAGAAGUUGAGUCUGAAUCUGAGGUAGAACCUGUAGUUGAGAAGGAAAUUGAUUUUGAACCAGUUGUUAAACCUGAUGUUGAACCUGUAGUUCAGAAAGAAGUAGAAUCUGAACCAGUUAUUGAAUCUGAGGGGGAAAAUGUAGUAGAGAAGGAAGUUGAAUCUGAGGUUGAACCUGUAGUUGAGAAGAAAGUUGAACCUGAACCAGUUGUUCAAUCUGAAUUUGAAUCUGUAACUGAUAAGACAGUUGAAUCUGAACCAAUUCUUGAAUCAGAGGAUGAACCUGUUGUAGAGGAAGAAAGUGAGCCUGGGCCAUUUGUUGAAUCUGAGGUUGAAGCUGUAGUUGUGAAAGAAGUUGAAUCUGAACCAGUUGUUGAAUUUGAGGUUGAACCUGUAGUUCAGAAGGAAGUUGAGUCUGAACAUGUUGUUGAAUCAGAGGUUGAACCUGUUGUUGAGGAAGAAGUUGAAUCUGAACCAGUUAUAGAAUCAGAGGUUGAACCUGAUGUUGAGGAAGAAGUUGAGCCUGAGUCAUUUGUAGAAUCUGAGGUUGAACCUGUAGUUGAGAAGGAAAUUGAAUCUGAUUCAGUUGUUGUAUCUGAGGUUGAACAUGUUGUUGAGAAGGAAGUUGAGUCUGCACCGGUUGCUGAAUCAGAGGUUGAACCUGUUGUUGAAGAAGAAGUUGAAUCUGUACCAGUUCUGAAAUCUGAGAUUGAACCUGUAGUUGAGAAGGAAAUUGAUUCUGAACCAGUUGUUAUAUCUGAUGUUGAACCUGUAGUUCAGAAAGAAGUAGAAUCUGAACCAGUUGUUGAAUCUGAGGGGGAAAAUGAAGUAGAGAAGGAAGUUGAAUCUGAGGUUGAACCUGUUGUUGAGAAGGAAGUUGAACCUGAACCAGUUGUUGAAUCUGAGCUUGAACCUGUCACUGAUAAGACAGUUGAAUCUGAACCAGUUUUUGAAUCUGAAGUUGAAUCUAUAACUAAUAAGGAAGUUGAAUCUGAACCAAUUCUUAUAUCAGAGGUUGAACCUGUUGUAGAGGAUGAUCAUGAGCCUGGGCCAUUUGUUGAAUCUGAGGUUGAAGCUGUAGUUGUGAAAGAAGUUGAAUCUGAACCAGUUGGUGAAUCUGAGGUCAAACCUGUAGUUGAGAAGGAAGUUGAGUCUGAACCAGUUGUUGAAUCUGAGGUUGAACCUGUAGUUGAGAAGGAAUUUGAUUCUGAACCUGUUGUUGAAUCUGAACAAAUUCUUGAAUCAGAGAUUCAACCUGUUGUUGAGGAAGAAGUUGAAUCUGAACCAGUUCUUGAAUCAGAGGUCGAACCUGAUGUUGAGGAAGAAGUUGAGCCUGAGAAAUUUGUUGAAUCUGAGGUUACACCUGUAGUUGAGAAAGAAGUUGAGUCUGAACCAGUUGUUGAAUCAGAGGUUGAACCUCUUGUUGAGAAAGAAGUUGAAUCUGAACCAGUUCUUGAAUCAGAGGUCGAACCUGAUGUUGAGGAAGAAGUUGAGCCUGAGACAUUUGUUGAAUCUGAGGUUGAACCUGUAGUUGAGAAAGAAGUUGAGUCUGAACCAGUUGUUGAAUCAGAGGUUGCACCUGUUGUUGAAGAGGAAGUUGAAUCUGAACCAGUUUUAGAAUCAGAGGUCGAACCUGAUGUUGAGGAAGAAGUUGAAUCUGAACCAGUUCUUGCAUCAGAGGUUGAACCUGUUCUUGAGAAAGAAGUUGAGUCUGAACCAGUUGUUGAAUCUGAGGUUGAACCUGUUGUUGAGAAGGAAGUUGAGUCUGAACCAGUUGUUAAAUCAGAGGUUGAACCUGUUGUUGAGGAAGAAGUUGGAUCUGAACGAGUUGUAGAUUCAGAGGUUGAACCUGAUGUUGAGGAAGAAGUUGAUCCUGAGUCAUUUGUUGAAUCUGAGGUUGAACCUGUAGUUGAGAAAGAAGUUGAAUUGGAAUCAGUUGUUGAAUCUGAGCUUGAACCUGUCACUGAAAAGACAGUUGAAUCUAAACCAGUUUUUGAAUCUGAAGUUGAAUCUAUAACUAAUAAGGAAGUUGAAUCUGAACCAAUUCUUGAAUCAGAGGUUGAACCUGUUGUAGAGGAUGAAAGAGAGCCUGGGCCAUUUGUUGAUUCUGAGGUUGAAGCUGUAGUUGUGAAAGAAGUUGAAUCUGAAACAGUUGUUGAAUCUGAGCCUAAACCUGUAGUUGAGAAGGAAGUUGAGUCAGAACCAGUUGUUGAAUCAGAGAUUCAAUCUGUUGAGGAAGAAGUUGAAUCUGAACCAGUUCUUGAAUCAGAGGUCGAACCUGAUGUUGAGGAAGAAGUUGAGCCUGAGUCAUUUGUUGAAUGUGAGGUUGAACCUGUACUUGAGAAGGGAGUUCAGUCUGAGCCAGUUGUUGAAUCAGAGGUUGAACCUGUUGUUGAGGAAGAAGUUGAAUCUGAACCAGUUCUGGAAUCUGAGGUUGAACCUGUUGUUGAGGAAGAAGUUGAAUCUGAACCAGUUCUGGAAUCUGAGGUCGAACCUGUUGUUGAGAAGGAAGUUGAGUCUGAACCAGUUGUUGAAUCUGAGUUUGAACCUGUAGUUGAGAAGGAAUUUGAUUCUGAACCUGUUGUUGAAUCUGAACAAAUUCUUGAAUCCGAGAUUCAACCUGUUGUUGAGGAAGAAGUUGAAUCGGAACCAGUUCUUGAAUCAGAGGUCGAACCUGAUGUUGAGGAAGAAGUUGAGACUGAGAAAUUUGUUGAAUCUGAGGUUGAACCUGUAGUUGAGAAAGAAGUUGAGUCUGAACCAGUUGUUGAAUCAUAUGUUGAACCUGUUGUUGAGGAAGAAGUUGAAUCUGAACCAGUUCUGGAAUCAGAGGUUGAACCUGAUGUUGAGGAAGAAAUUGAGCCUGAGUCAUUUGUUGAAUCUGAGGUUGAACCUGUCGUUGAGAAAGAAGUUGAGUUUGUACCAGUUGUUGAAUCAGAGGUUGAACCUGUUGUUGAGAAAGAAGUUGAGUCUGAAUCUAAGGUUGAACCUGUAGUUGAGAAGGUAAUUGAUUCUGAACCAAAUGUCAAAUCUGAUGUUGAACCUGUAGUUCAGAAAGAAGUAGAAUCUGAACCAGGUGUUGAAUCUAAGUGGGAAAAUGUAGUAGAGAAGGAAGUUGAAUCUGAGGUUGAACCUGUUGUUGAGAAGGAAGUUGAACCUGAACCAGUUGUUGAAUCUAAGCUUGAACCUGUAGUUGAGAAGGAAGUUGACUCUGAACCAGUUGGUGAAUCUGAGCCUAAACCUGUAGUUGAGAAGGAAGUUGAACCUGAACCAGUUGUUGAAUCUGAGCUUGAACCUGUCACUGAUAAGACAGUUGAAUCUGAACCAAUUUUUGAAUCAGAGGUUGAAUCUAUUGUUGAGGAAGAAAGUGAGCCUGGGCCAUUUGUUGAAUCUGAGGUCGAAGCUGUAGAUUUGAAAGAAGUUGAAUCUGAACCAGUUGUUGAAUCUGAGGUUGAACCUGUAGUUGAGAAAGAAGUUGAGUCUGAACAUGUUGUUGAAUCAGAGGUUGAACCUGUUGAUGAGGAAGAAGUUGAAUCUGAGCCCGUUGUAGAAUCAGAGGACGAACCUGAUGUUGAGGAAGAAGUUGAGCCCGAUUCAUCUGUUGAAUCUGAGGUUGAACCUGUAGUUGAGAAGGAAGUUGAGUCUGAACCAGUUGUUGAAUCAGAUGUUGAACCUGUUGUUGAGGAAGAAGUUGAAUCUGAACCACUUCUAGAAUCUGAGGUUGAACCUGAUGUUGAGGAAGAAGUUAAAUCUGAAUCAGCUAAAAUUGAACAUGAAAUUGUUCAAGAUAUUGAAUCUGAACAAGUUGUUGAGUCUGA